AUGACCGACCCUAUUCAAACAGUUCAAAGCAUCGUCAACACCUGGAACUGCGAUGAAGUGGGCCAUAUGAACGUUCAGUUCUAUGUGGCGGCCGCAUCUGACGCCAAUCACGCAUAUGCUGUCUCUCAUGGCCAAAGCGGACCCGUCCUAUCAAGUCGAGAUCAUAUUCGCUUUCAUCGCGAAUUGAGGGUCGGGGAUAUUUUCGCCGUAACCAGCCGUGCCUCGGGCAUACAUGAGGGAGGGCUCAUCCUCUCCCAUGAGCUUCAUAACUCCGCAACUGGCGUUCUUGCUGCAACGCUUACGAACCAGACUGACCUUCCUGCGCAUUUGGAUGACGGGCCCUACGCCCCCCUGAAAGACGAAGCCCUGCCCCGCGGCCUGCCCGGCAUGUCUUCUUUGCCCCGCCUUCAACUGGAUGAUCAGGCCGCUCAAAACCUGAUCCCCAUCUAUCAGGGUGUUGUGCAUCCCGAGCAUUGCGAUGAAACCGGCCGCAUGCGCCAGCAACAUAUUAUGGGCCGGUUUUCUGAUGGCGCCGCGCACCUCUGGCAACAGGUCGGAUUUGAUCGCGAUACCAUGCUCAAGGCCCGGCGAGGCACGGUGGUGCUUGAAAUGCGCCUUGAUCGUUUGGCGGAUGUGCGUGCCGGAACGGUUCUUGUCGCAAAGAGUGCCAUGGUUGAAGUGAUGGGACGGGUCUUAUGCUUUGCCCACUUCCUGUUUGACGCCUCAACCGGGGCACUUGUUGCAACCGGCGAAGCUGCAGCUGUGAUGCUCGAUCUGGAUGCCCGCAAAACUGUUGCCUUCAGCGAUGAAGAGAGCGCCAAGCUCGCGCCCUACAUUAUGAAGGUCGGCUGA